AUGGCUUUCAAGGAUGUGAAUGCCAGGAGACACACUGGACUCCAGCAGCUCUCAGCCUUAGCAUCCACUGGGAGAACAUUCCUGGGGCCAAUGAAAUCACAUAAAUUCAUUGUGGAUGAAAUCACCAACCAGAGCACAUUGAUUUGUUCUGCUGUUAGACUGAUUGAAAGUUUGGAUUUGACAAGUGCUGUUGGACAGCUUCUUAAUGAAACCAUCCAGGCUCAGAACAAGGAGUUUAAGACUGGGAUGAGUACCCUGUUGUUCCUGGUUGGCUCGUGGAGCAAUGCUGUGGUGGAGUGCCUCCAGCAGAACGUUCCUGUUCCAGCAAUAGUGUGUGUGAUGUCUGAGGGGUUGAACUCUUGCUGUGAGAGAGUCCAGUGUCUUCAAAUGCCAAUACAUGAUGUAAAGAAAGAUCUGUGUCCUAGCCGAGUUGGGCCAAAGGCUUCUGAAAGCAAAACUGGCCCAGUUGGAUACAGUGGUCUUACAAAUCCCUGGAAUUUGCUGUGUUUUCAGAGAAAUAUUUCUGCAGCAGAAGAAGUAAUUCCAGUAAAUUCUUGUUCCCGUCCAGGAGAUGAUUGUAGUUUUAACAAGUUCCUGGUUUCACCCUUGGCUGGCUUUGGUUCAGUGGCUUCUGUUGUCAAAGCAGUGGGUGACCGAAGUUCAUCUGCGCUGUCUGGAAGUGAUGGCACUGCACCCAGCUGCAUCACACGGAAGUUAACCCACAGCAGACACUUCAGCACUCUAGGGAAAAGCCAUUUUUCAAGUCAGCAAGGCAAUUUUCAGGGAUACCUUUCAGGACCAUCAGCAGAUCUGUGUGGGUGUUGUGGUUUAGGACACCUGGCAAUGGCUCUGAGCCAUGGAAACCAGACCAGCGUGAAACUGCUACAAAGCAUCGCUGCUCUUCAGCAAGAGAGAGCAGAGUGCGGUGGCUCUUCCCAGAUUAAUAUCGCAGAGAUUGUGACGUGCUGUGUGCUGGGCCUGCCUGAGGGCUAUUCCUGUGUCUCCCCAGGCUUUGUCACAUUAGUGUCACCAGAGCAAGCCACAGUCAUCAAACACUUUGCAGACAAAGCCCUCCGGGUUGUGCUGAUGGACGGUGACCUCACGGAGCGGUAUCGACACUUGGGUUUUAACAGACCGUGUAAUGUAAGGACGGUUUUGGAGCAUCCCAAUCCACAGGGAAGCAGCACAGGAGAUGUGUGGCUAAGCAGAAUGUUGGAUAUUCUGAUGAGCUUUGGAGUAAACCUGGUUUUGGUCAAGGGAAACGUGUGCAAAGACUUCAUGGAAAGGUGCGUUGCCAGCAGGAUACUGGUAAUUGGCUGCGUGGCUCGGGAUGUACUGUGUGCCUUUGGGGCGGCCACUGGUGCCCGGGCAGUGACGUACCUGAGCCAGCUGAACGCUUCCUGUGUCGGGAAUGGGGCCCGGGCGGAGCUGUGGGAGGCCGGCGAUGGGCGCGCGGUGGAUCUGGGCGAGCUGGUGCCGGCGCGGAUCAGCGCGGGACGCCUCGCCCUGCUCACGGCCGUGCUCACCACUGCCCUGCCUUGCAAGGCGCAGCUCCUCGAAGACCAGUUCUGGACUUUGCUGUAUCGACUCCAUCACGCUCUGAAGGACGGGAAGGUUUUCCCUGGGGGCGGUGCAGUGGAGCUCCUGUGCCUCAGUCACAUCCAGGCGCUCGUAGAGCAGCCCGGGCGAUCGGGAAGAGACGAAGCUGUGACAGAGCUUCCCAGUCCCUGGCUGGCAGAGUAUAAAUCCAUUGUGCUCCAGGCACUGGCGAGUGGCUGGAAGCAAUACCUCUCCGUGGUCCUGUGUAACACUGCAAAGGCCAGCUCGGAGCUGGAAGCAGGUGCCUCAGUGGAUCACCACCUCCAGAAAGCAGCGGCCUGUGGCUCUCCCUCAGUUUAUAUUUUGGAAGAGUUUAGGAGAGGUGGAGUGUUCAGGGGUGGCUCUGAUCCCUUCCCUAACCAGGUCACAGAUUUAAAGGUUUGUGAUAACGUUGCAGCCAAGACAGAGGCGUGGAGGAGAGCUCUGGACCUGGUGCUGCUGGUGCUUCAAACUGAUGCUGAAAUCAUCACAGGCCCCAGAAGGAAUCAGAUCCUGAACUCGCCUGUGUCAAGCGAAUUUAUGUUUUUAUAG